UCUAAGUUUCAGGAGGCCCGACAGGUGAUGUCUCGCUACGACACGUUGAUGCUGACCCGGGAAGACCUGGUGCCCACUACCCAGCAGAACCAGGACAGCACAGAGAAAGCCCGAGCCCAGCUGAACCCCUUCACAGAGCAGAGCAACGACACCCUGCUGCACUACAACACUCUGGCCCAGCUACGGAGCCAGCUGGACAAGUCCCACACUGAGGGCAUCAUCUGGGAAUCAAGAUGGGCCCACAUUCAGAACACAGCUGCCAAGAAGACACUUCUGUUGUGCACAAUCAAGAUGGCCACUAUCAAUCUUUACCAGAGUGUGUGCAAGAGGGCCAAAGACACUGGGGAUUUACCUGUUGCUCCAGAGGACCCUCCUAAGCAGCUGGAAAAGGUACCAUAGGCUACUGUGCUGCUGUAAACGCAUGACUCAGCAUUAUUCCGUUUGUGCAAAGUUGAGGGUCGCUAGACUCAAAUGUUCAUUAUAUUUACGUAAGAGAAAAGGACCGAGGACACAGAUGGUUAUUGUAUCGUGUGAAACACUUUGACUUCCUGAUGUUGUGGGAUUCUCUCUGGUGUUUACAGAACAUUGGUGCUGUGACAUUAGGAUUUCAGAGCCUGUUUAAAGAAAGCGAUUGUAGCAAUAGAGCAAACGAUUACAAAGUAUGAAAAAAAUACGAGUGGCUGCAGUAUUGCCGGCAACAUUGAUGAUGAUUAGGAGUAUAUGCUGUAUGGGC